AUGGGAUCUAUCCGACAGCCGAGAGCUCUCAGAGUUGGUGUCGACGUUGGCGGCACUAACACCGACGCGGUUAUUCUUGACUUGGACGCCGUAAACCAGUCGAAUCGUGGAGUGCUCGCCUUUCAUAAAACGCCGACAACGAGCCCAGAUGUGACCGAUGGUAUUGAGGCAGCUGUCGGCAACGUACUGGCCCAGCUUGGGGGAGACAGCGCAUCAGAAAUUUCCUGUCUGAUCAUAGGGACAACUCACUUCCUGAAUGCUGUCAUCGAACGCGACACCCGCCGGCUAUCCAAAGUGGGAGUUAUCAGGCUAUCCAAGAGCUUUACCAAGGAUAUUCCGCCCUUCUCAGAUUUCCCGCCAGACCUUACUCAACUCUUGAAGGGUUACUGCGGAUUUGUCGACGGAGGCCUCCACAUCGAUGGUUCAGAGGAAGCGCCAAUCAACGAGGAGCAAAUCAUAAAAGAAUGCGAGAAAAUUCGAGAGCAAGGGCUCAAUGCCGUGGUGAUUUCGGGUGUGUUCUCGCCCAUCGACAAACAUUUCGAACAGGAAAGUCGUGUCCGGAAAAUCAUGCAAGAGCGGUUACCGGGCGUGGACAUCGUUUGCUCGUCUGAAGUAUCCAAUAUUGGUCUGCUCGAAAGAGAAAACGCCUCCAUCCUGAAUGCGUCCAUUCUCAGAUUCGCCAGACGCACCAUUCGAGGUUUCCAAGGGGCGAUGAGGCGGCUAGGACUUAAUUGUUCUCUAUUCAUUUCCCAAAACGAUGGCACGGUGAUUGAUUCAGCCUCUGCUGCAAAAUUGCCGAUCAAGACGUUCUCAUCGGGGCCUACGAACUCCAUGCGAGGUGCAGCGUACCUUGGUCUUGCGCAGUCCGGGCGCAAGGACGAGGAACGGGUGUCGACGAUCGUUGCCGAUGUGGGAGGGACAACUACAGAUUGCGGCGUCCUCCUGCCAUCAGGCUUUCCCCGAGCAGCAAGUGCGUACGUCACUGUUGCCGGCGUGACUAUGAAUUUUCCUAUGCCUCAUCUAGAGUCCAUCGGUCUUGGUGGUGGAUCUAUCGUCCGCAAAGGCGACUCUGAUGUCACGGUUGGUCCAGACUCCGUUGGAUAUCAGCUCACGACAAAGGCAAGAGUUUUCGGUGGCGAUGUCCUGACGACCACCGACAUCGCUGCUGCAGGCGGGCUUCAGAUAGGCGACCCCACGAAGGUCAGCGACCUAGAUCCUGAACUGAUCAGCCAGACGCGAGCCCGAAUCAAGAAGAUGCUGGAGAACGUGAUUGACAAACUGAAGCUGACGCCAACACCACUUCCAGUCCUGCUGGUAGGUGGAGGGUCAAUUGUAUGCCCCUCAGAGUUGGAAGGUGUUACUGAAGUCAUCGUACCAAAAUUCCAUUCUGUGGCCAAUGCAGUGGGAGCCGCAAUCUCCCGUGUUUGCGGAACUGUCGACACUAUCUACGUGACUGCGGAUCUGACAGUGGCUGAGGUGCUGGAACACGCAAAGAUUCAGGCCGUUGCGAACGCCGUGGCCGCCGGAGCAGACCCAGACUCCGUCUCGGUGGUGGACGUCGAGACCUUGCCAAUCCCCUAUGUUGCUGGCCAGAUCCGGGUGAUAGUAAAGGCAGUUGGAGAUCUCUCCACCAGCUACAUUUCGAACAGCAAGAGUCUCGGAAAUGAAGAUGACAAAAGUGACGAAAAAUUCUCUGAAACUGCGUCCAAACCGGAGGCGUUGUCAACAUUAGAGACGCACGCCCGUUUUGACUUUGACGCGUAUCGACCGAAGGUCGUGCUCAACCCUGAGACAGGCAACGAUGAAUGGGUUCUCUGCGAAAAAGACCUCGAAUGGAUCAGGGAUGGAUGUUACAUCUUGGGAUGUGCAGGAGGCGGAUCACCUAAAGCUGAAUUUCUCAAGCUCCGUGAUCAGGUUCGUGCGGGUCAUUCCGUCCGAAUCAUUGAUAGCUCGUCGCUCGCGGAGAAUUCUCUGAUAUACUGGGGCGGCAUGAUGGGUUCGCCAGCCGUGUCGAUUGAGCGACUAAAUUCGUCGGAAUGCAUUCAUGCCGUGGCAGACUUGAUGGAGCAUUUCGGCCACAAGUCGUUCGACGCUAUCAUGGGGCUCGAAAUCGGCGGCGCUAAUGGACUUGAACCUAUGCUUAUAGGAUCUUCGAAGGCAUUUGGCCGGCCUGUGAUUGACGGCGAUUGGAUGGGCCGAGCAUAUCCGACAUACUGGCAGACUACCCUGGCAGUCUACGAACCUGGCCAAUUGACUCCAUGCGCCAUCGCCUCCGGGGAUGGAAAGACAAUCAUUAUGACCAAAGCUCCAAACGACGAGAUUGUCGAUCGUGCGCUGCGUGCGUCUUGCUCCGAGAUGGGUUCUCGUGUGGGAAUGGCAGCUCGACCGACGACGGCGCGCCACGUAAGGAAUUAUGGAGUGUUGAACACUGUGUCGCUAGCCUGGCGCAUCGGUAGGUCGGUCGCACGCGCACAGCAAGAAAAUACCGUUCAUACCGUGGCCGAACAAAUCAUCGAUGCUGUCGGUGGCCCUUCGACUGCCAAGAUUCUCUUUAGAGGGAAGAUUGUAGGGGUUGAGCGCAGACUGUUCAAAGGACAUUCAUAUGGAGAAAUCACCAUCAAACAGAUACAGGAGGACGAAGAGGAGAAUAGCCAUGAAAGUGCAGCCGUUGCCGAAGGUGGAGUGGUGAAAAUCCCGUUUAAAAACGAAAACAUCUACGCAAAGCAUAUCAGCGACGACGGCAGCGAGACGUACCUCGCGACUGUUCCGGAUCUCAUUUCGGUGCUCGACACCCAGUCAGGCCUCGCACUCGGGGUCCCAGAGUAUCGCUAUGGACUGAUGGUGACUGUGCUUGGAAUAGCUUGCUCGCCACGGUGGACCGACACCCCAAGAGGGUUGGAGUAUGGUGGUCCCAAGGCCUUUGGGUAUGACAUGGCGUACAAGCCUGUAGGGGUCUAUGUUGAGCCCAAGAGUGUCAUCAAGGAGUAUGCGAGCACCUAG